CCGCGUUCUUUGAUUUAGGGUUCUAUAGCCGAAAAGCAGGGUUUUUGGAGGGCGGCUGCGAGGAUGAAAUACGUGAUCGUCACCGGCGGUGUUGUCAGCGGCCUCGGCAAGGGCGUCACUGCCAGCAGCAUUGGCGUUGUCCUCCAAUCCUGCGGCCUGCGCGUGACUUCCAUCAAAAUCGACCCUUAUCUCAAUACCGAUGCCGGGACGAUGUCUCCAUUCGAGCAUGGGGAAGUUUUCGUUUUGGACGAUGGAGGGGAGGUGGAUUUGGACCUCGGGAACUACGAGCGCUUCUUGGACGUGACUCUGACGAAGAACAACAACAUCACCACUGGAAAAAUCUACCAGUCCGUCAUCGAUGCCGAAAGGAGGGGCGAUUACCUUGGGAAGACCGUUCAGGUUGUCCCGCAUAUAACUGUCGAGAUCCAAGAGUGGAUCGAACGUGUCGCGGUUGUGCCUGUCGAUGGGAAAGAAGGUGCAGCGGACGUGUGCGUGAUCGAGCUAGGGGGAACAAUUGGUGACAUCGAGUCGUCGCCAUUUGUUGAGGCGUUAAGGCAGUUCCAAUUUCGUGUUGGACAGGAGAAUUUCUGCCUCGUUCACGUCAGUCUUAUCCCUGUCCUCGGUGUUGUUGGAGAACAGAAAACCAAACCGACACAGCAUAGCGUCCAGGCUCUUCGAGCUUUAGGACUGACGCCCGAUUUACUUGGGUGUAGAAGCGCGAAGCCACUGGAGCAGUGCACAAGGGAAAAGCUUUCGCAAUUUUGCCACGUUCCGGCCGGACAUAUACUCAGUAUCCACGACGUGUCAAAUAUCUGGCAUGUGCCUUUACUACUAAGAGAUCAAAAUGUUCAUCUAGCUAUUUUGAAAAAGCUGAACCUGAGGUUUGGACGUGUGAUUGUUGGAUCAUUCGUGGCUAAUUUGUCUUUACUUUAUCCCAGUUCUGCACCGCAGCCUGAGCUGUCUGAAUGGACACAGAGAGCCGAGCGAUCAGACGCCCUAUCGAUACCUGUCAAGAUUGGUAUGGUUGGCAAGUACACUGGAUUAUCUGACUCCUAUCUUUCUGUUCUAAAGGCUCUUACACAUGCGUCACUUGCCUGUGGGAGAAAAUUAGUGAUUGAGUGGGUUGCGUCAACGGACUUGGAGGAUGGUUCGCCCAGAGACUUACAUGAUGCCGCAUGGGCCGCGUUAAAAAGUGUUGACGGUAUUCUGGUUCCUGGAGGAUUUGGAGAUCGAGGAACACAAGGGAAGGUUUUGGCUGCAAAAUAUGCUCGAGAAAACAAUGUUCCUUACCUUGGAGUUUGCCUCGGCAUGCAAAUUGCAGUGAUUGAGUUUGCACGCUCAGUCCUUGGCCUCGACGGCGCGAAUAGCACUGAGUUUGAUCCUGCAACACCGCAUCCAUGUGUUCUGUACAUGCCUGAGAUAUCUAGGACUCACAAAGGUGGAACGAUGAGGCUGGGUGUGAGGAGGACAUUCUUUCAGAAGCCAAACUGUCUUACAUCUAAGCUGUACGGUAACGAGUCUUUUGUGGAUGAGCGACAUCGACAUCGUUACGAGGUAAACCCGGAGCUUGUUGACAGGCUCGAGGAAGCCGGCCUCACGUUCGUCGGCAAAGACGAGACUGGCAGGCGCAUGGAGAUUGUCGAGCUGCCAGAACACAAGUACUUCGUGGGUGUGCAGUUUCAUCCCGAGUUUAAGUCGCGACCGGGGAAGCCAUCCCCCGUUUUCCUGGGGCUGAUACUGGCCGCGUCCAAGCAAAUGGAUAGCUAUCUGGCCAGCGGGAAAAACGCAGGGACGAUGGUGACGACGAUGGACAACGGGCAUUCUUUCGACUGCGUCGCAAACGGCACCGUUGAGAUUCACGUCAACGGCGUUGCAACAAAGAAGCAGCAGCAGCAGCAAGCUGACCCGUCCAAGUUUAAGAGGCUGGAGCGGGAACUGCUGCAAAUCCAGGCCAUGGUAAAGGAGUUAAAGGAGAGGGAGGAGGAAAUUCGCGAGGACCUGCGAAAGGGACGUGGUGGGGCGGGAGAUAUCUUCAUGGAGGACUAGGAAGCAAACAAACAACACGGAGGAAAAACACCGGGGAGUGCAUCUUCUUUGUGUCAGAUCCUCGCCAGAAGAGCUUUUGAUUCAUCGGCCAGCUAGAAAGAUGGCGAUGACGGUGAAGGUGAUGAGCAAAGUGGUCUGGUGCUGCGAGAGGAGUGGACCCAGCGAAAGAAAGCAAACGAUCUAAGUGUCUCCCAAGGUGGGCUUUUUAUUUCUAUAUAGCUUCAGACAAUCACAGCUUUUCUCCAUAUACAAAAGAUCCAUAGCCAGACUCUUUAAUAUAUUCAUUCAUCCCAUUCA